UGGACCCACCCACAUUGUGAAAUGCCUGGGAAGAAAAGCCUGCGCCGGGAGCAAUAAAAAGGCGAGAGGGCGUGCAGGAGGGAUGAGUCCUGCCAGGAGCACGGCCGGCUGUCCACCUGCUGCAGAGAUGGUGCACGCAACCUCCUCCCUGCUGCUGCUGCUGCUCAGCCUGGCUCUGCUGGCUCCCGGCCACUCUGCCAGAAAGUGCAUGCUGACUGGGAAAUGGACGAACGACCUGGGCUCCAACAUGACCAUCGGGGCUGUGAAUGACAGGGGCGAGUUCAGCGGCAGCUACCUCACAGCUGUGGCAGACGCACCAAAUAACAUCACAUGGUCACCGCUGCUUGGGAUCCAAAACAACACUGUCCGCCAGCCCACCUUUGGCUUCACAGUCCGUUGGAAUUUUUCAGAGUCCACCAGUGUCUUUGUGGGUCAGUGCUUCAUAGACAGGGGUGGGAAGGAGGUCCUGAAGACCAAGUGGCUGCAACGGUUAAGUGUUGAUGACAUUGACGAUGACUGGAAAGCCACCAGGGUUGGCAACAACGACUUCACUCGCAUGCACACAGUGCAGAAUGAGGAUGACCUCGCCAGUCCCACAUCAGCAACAACGCUGGAGUGCUGACACUGCUUGUGACAUUGCUCCCAAUAAAGCUUUACUUCAGACACUGGCUCGUACCACGUCCCUUCGGGCUGCACUUCUGGUUCCCGUAGCCCCCCGUCGCAUCCCAGUUCCUCUCCCCUACCUGUCCCCUCUGCCUGUCCCACACCCCAUGGCGUGGCAGUGCCAGCAAUGACACUUGUGUCACCACGUCCCCUGUGCCACCACAGCCACUGCUCAGUGCUUUUCAGGCUGCACACAUUGGGGAAGUAGGUUGGGAAGGAAGUCCAAAGGGAAGAAAAGAUGGGCUGUAUUGCGUAUCAAGUGCAGGAGUGGGGGUGGGCUCCGAUCCCCACAGCAUGCAAGGAAAGCUGUCAGGGACAGCUCUGCCAGGAGCUUGCAGAAAUAGCACGCUCCUCCUGCUCCUCCGCCACAUGCCACCCAUGCUAUCUGCCACCCCUGGUGCUGGCCCAGCUCUACCCCACAUCCCUUGGAG